GCAGGAGGGUGUGCUCCCGGAAGGUGCCGGGAGCCGGCAGCCUGGACACGAGGGAGAGCGCGUUGACUGUUUGUUUCACUUUUCCUGCCAUUAAAUAUUAAUAACUUAAUCCAUGCGCGUCCGGAAGCCUGUUUUCCACCAUCUGCGAAGUGCCCAGUUUCAGAAUACUCAACAGAAGUGAAGUCGGUAAUGUUGUGUAACCGUCUCAGGGGAACACAACCUGGACGUGGCGGAGGGCCUGGAGCAGAGCGUCGCCGUGGCGAUGGCGACGGUCAAACUCCAGGCUUCAAAGGUUCCACAAACCGAUACUCCAUUCCUUCCCCUCCGAGCUCUCGUCCAGCCGGGGCCAUGUUCUGGUUUCACCGCCUGACCCUCGUCGCCCUGCUGCUCCGCCUGACCGCCGCUCACGUCGUCUUUCUGGACGACGAGGCGGCCAGCCAGGUCCUGAGCCGGCAGAGACGGGCCAACAGCUUCCUGGAGGAGUUCAAACAGGGCGACAUGGAGAGGGAGUGCCAGGAGGAGCACUGCGACUUCGAGGAGGCGCGAGAGAUCUUUGAAGACAUCGAGAAAACGAACACUUUCUGGGCCAAAUACGUCGACGGCGACGCGUGCGAGUCGAUGCCGUGCGCCCACGGCGGCGUUUGUAAAGACACCGUCGGCGGCUUCACCUGCUUCUGCCAGCCCGGCUUCCAGGGCAGCAACUGUGAAAUCGUUGUUCCCGAGCUCUGCGAGAACCGGAACGGCGGCUGCGCUCACUUCUGCGCCGUGGUGGAAGGGAACAUCCAGUGCUCCUGCGCCAGCGGCUACUUCCUGGAGUGGGACGACAAAUCCUGCAACUCCCAUGAGCCCUUCAAGUGCGGCGCGCUCCUCGGCGCCAACACCCGGACGGUGUUCAGGUACGUCCGGGAGAACACCACGGACGGGACCGGCAUGGGGACCGGCACCGGGACCGGCGUCGGGACCGGCACCGGGUCCAACACCACGGACGGGACCGGCGUCGGGACCGGCACCGGGUCCAACACCACGGACGGGACCGGCAUCGGGACCGGCACCGGGUCCAACACCACGGACGGGACCGGCACCACGGACCGAAGCACCAACUCCACCCAGCCGCGUGGUCCGUUGCCAGAAGAUGCCGUUUUCGAGGAAUUGGUGGUCCCCGAUCGGGCGGUGAUGACCCGCAUCGUUGACGGAGAGGACUGUCCUCCGGGGGAAUGUCCAUGGCAGGCUCUCCUCCUGAACGAGGACGACGUCGGGUUCUGCGGAGGAACCAUCCUCAACGAGUACAUCAUCCUGACCGCCGCCCACUGCAUGAACGAAUCACGCUACAUCUACGUCAAGCUCGGUGAGUUUGACGUGCUGAUGGACCACGGCACCGAAGCCACGCACCGAGUGGAAACCAUCAUCACCCACAACCGGUACCGGCCCAACACCUACCACAACGACAUCGCGCUCAUCAAGCUGGCCACGCCCAUCAGGUUCAGCCGGUUCAUCCUGCCGGCGUGCUUACCGGAGCAGGACUUCGCUGAGAAGGUGUUGAUGCGGCAGAAGGACGGCUUGGUCAGCGGCUUCGGCCGACUGGGCGAAGGUCGGCAGCCGUCCUCCAUCUUGCAGCGCCUCGCCAUGCCGUACGUGAACCGGCAGACCUGCAUCGAAUCCACCCAGCUGCGCAUCUCGGCACACAUGUUCUGCGCCGGCUACGACGCCAUCGCCAAAGACGCGUGCCAGGGCGACAGCGGCGGGCCGCACGUCACGCGCUACUCCGACACCUACUUCAUCACCGGCAUCGUGAGCUGGGGCGAAGGCUGCGCCCGCAAAGGGAAGUACGGCGUCUACACACAGGUGUCCAAGUACAUCAGCUGGAUCCACAAGGCCAUCGCCAAGCUGAUGCCCGAGGACAAGAGCGGCGGCAGAGCGAGGCGCCGCCGCGGCGCCAUCAGGAGGCUGGUUCUGUAGCGCUCUUCAGAAAUCACUGAGCCUCGGGUCGUCAUCACGUUGAUGUUUCAGCGGUCACAUUUCAAACUUUUGACAACAUGUUUCUGUAUUAAAGAACUUUAAGUUCAGGGUUUGACCACAAGGGGCAGCAGAACUCACCGGGUCAUACAGGAGUGUGGAGUUCCUCAGGGUUCGAUUCUGGGUCCUCUGUAUUUUCUCCUUAAAGCUGUUUUAUUGAUUCUCAUAUCAUAAGCUGAUAUGGUGGAACUGAAAAACACAAUACAUUUGAAAUGUCUGCUCUCAUGUAUUUUUUAUCAAUCACUGUUUGACAAAAUAAAGAAAUAAUUCAACAGCC